UUUUGACAAUUCGAUACUGGUCUCUGUUCGAUACGACGACCAACACUGAAAAACACGUAUUGUUCAUAAUAUCAAGCUAAAACGUAUUAUAAUGGAAAAAGAACUCGAUAAAGUGAUCGAGGAGAUCAUGUCGACUCCCAACGUCAGUGGGUGCUUAGUCGCUGACCACCAAGGCCUUUGUUUGGCAGCGAAAGGAACAGCUCACGUAGACUCGGCAGGCAUUGUUGUUGCGAUUUCUGAACAAGCUUGCAAAAUACAACCGAAUCUGAAACCGCCCACUGUGUGCUUAGAGACCGAUAAGAAACAAUGUCUCAUACAACGGCACGGAACAAUCACAGAAGCUAUAUUUAAAUUGAAAGCCUAGCUUUUGCUGUAAAUAAGAUCGAAGAGAAAGACUGAAGACUUAAUGUAAUUGCUGUUUCAUAUCUUUAAUAAAACUAUCAUUUAGAUGCAACUGAAAAUGAUGUUUGCCACGCAUUUUGUUUUUUUUGGUAUUGCAUAAGUAUGUCAUGAUGUUCACCUUCGACGCUAGACAUGCAUAAAACAGAUGAGAGUUGGCUUAUUAGCAAUAUUAAUUAUGUUGAUGGUUGAAAAGCUAAUUAAGUAAUAUCUUUUUCUGCAGCUUUUGACCUAGACCUUUCAAUUCAAUUUGUUUUGUUUGUCUGUUUUUUUUACAACAAUUCUGACAAUUUCAAGUUGGAAAAACAGCACAUGCUAUAAGUAUAUAAAAAGAAAUGUCUAGCCAGGUGAAUAUGAGAGAGAACUUUGAAAAAAUGUUGCUUAUGUCAAUGGGCCUUUCACCCAUCAACUCCACUCUAAAUGGAUGGGAAUAAUUAAUGGCCUAAUUAUUUCAGCCAAUCAGUGAGUUUAAUAAUUUAUGGCGUAAUUAUUUCAGCCAAUCAGUGACUUUAAUAAUUUCUGGCGUAAUUAUUUCAGCCAAUCAGUGAGUUUAAUAAUUUCUUUAUAAAAAACAAUAUAGCCAAGUAUUGCCACUCUGUAACAUGUUCUGAUAAAUUUCUGAUUCUGCGUUUAAAAUGACAAUUAGUUCAUGAAUAUCCUAUUAAAUAAAUAAAAACAAAGUAUAAAGUAAUACAUAUGUAUAUAAUUAUAAAACAAUUAUGGAAUUUCAUUUUUGUAUCUAGUUGUAUGAGAAAUGUAAAUAAAUUGAUUUAUCAAAUU